CACUUGCCACGGAGCUGACGGCGCUGGCUGCUGCUCAGCAGGAGAAAGCAGCCGGGGGCUUCACGUGAAAAUGUGCAAGAAGAUCGCCCAGCUCACCAAGGUGAUAUAUGCUCUGAACACUAAGAACGAUGAAUAUGAGGCUAGUAUACAGGCUCUGAAAGAGGCACAUGAGGAAGAAAUUCGGCACAUUCUUGCUGAGACAAGAGAAACAGUUCUCCAGUACAAAAGCAAAGCUGAAGAAGAACAGUUGCUCAGAGAGCAUAUUCAAGUCCUUGAGGAUGCAGUAGAACAACACAAGAGACUGAAGGAAGAAGCCUUGGCAGAGUUAACACUGUUCAAGAAGCAGGUAGAUAAAAGAGAGCUGAAAACAGAAGUAAAACAAGCACGAAUGAUCCUUUCCACUGACAGGGUAGAUACCAGUGCAGCCUUUGAAAGCAAGCUUCUGUAUUUAAGUCGGGAGCAUGAGGGCCUGUUAGAUGAAUGCAAAGCGUGUAGGAGAGAGAAUUUAGAUAGAAAAGAGAUUUUAGAUGAAAAAUACAGUGUGGAAGGACAAGCUCAGAUUAAUGAGAUGGAAAACGUGAAGAGUGAGAACCAGAAAGUCACUGAAGAGUGUACACAGAAAACCAGCCAACUGCAAGCCUCUUAUGAGAGAGAAAAGGAGACUUUAAAAAAGGCUAUACAGCAAUCCGUGGCAGAGACGCUGAACUGUCAGCAAAGAGAACUGGAGCAAAGGAAGAGCUUAGAGGCUCAGGAAAGUUUUUUACUGCAGCAGAUAAAGAAGCUAGAGGCAGACCUAGAGGAGAAAACCUGGAAGGUAAAUGAGAGGAAGAAGCACUCACAGAAGCUGAAAGAGAGAAGUGGAGAGGAUAUAAUGAAUGGCAGAGAUGCAGGCCACGCAUAUUUUAGGAUUUGGAAAUACAGCUUAAUUCUGGGAUCAAAAUGUAUAAUGAAAAAAAUGGAGAAAGAGCUAAAUGUAGCCAAAGACAGAAAUAUGCUUCAGGAGAAGAAAAUCCUGCAAAAAGCAGAAGAGAUGGAAACUAUAUUGAAUUCCCAGAACCAAGCUGUGAAUGAAGUCGAUGAACUGAAGAGUCAAAUAACACAGAUGCAGCAAAUGACUUGCACCAAACAGAGCCAAAGCAAGAGAGGCUGUGGAGACAUCUGGGGGCUUAAACAGCUAGUAUGUUUUAUCGCCUAUGGAAGCUGUAGCUACCGAAAACAGGAUCUGAAUAAAAGACACAAGGGACUUUGCAAAAGCAAGCAUCAGUCCCAUGAGGAGAAAAUGUAUGUGAAAGAGCAGCUGGUAAAAGGGUUGGAAGACCUUGUAGUGAAACAUUCAAAGGAAAUAACCUUCGUGGAAGCUAGUAGAAAAAAAAUGCAGAAAGAGCUCCAGAUACAGUUAGAGGAAUUUAAAAAAAAAUCUGAGAGUGAAGUAAAGCAACUAGAGAAAGAGAAAGAAGCCCUAACUGGGAAACUGCAAAACUCUUCACUUGAGGUGUCUCAGCUGAAGGAAAUAUUAGACCAACAAGCAAAUAAUUUCAAAGAGUCACUGAAGAAACAUGAUCUGCAGUCCAGCAAAGAAAAAGAGAAGCUUUUGCAGGAUCUUCAAAACACUAUUAAAGAAAACCAGAAUGUUAAACUGAAGCUGGAGUCAUCACAUCAAAAAAUCGUAAAAAUAUUGGAGAAAAGCAAAAAUCAGGAACUCAAGGUCAGUUUACAAGGUACUGGUUUAAAAAAAAAGAUCUUAGUUGUGGGAUCUCAUAAGCUGGAAAUACAAACGUUGGAAGAGAAAGCGAAAAAAGAAUUACAUGAUGAACUCGAGCAAAUACAGAAACAGCAAACUCUGUUGCUAGGAUCUCUAAGGAUGGAACUUUCUGAGCAACAGACGUUGUGCACUAGGCUCAAAAAGCAAAUAGAAGAACUCCAAAUGGAGCUGAGGAGCGUGAGAACACUGAAGAAGCAACAGGAAGGAAGUAGCCAGAGCCAGAUCAGAUCUCUUCAUGAUGAACUGGAAAAAAGUCAGCAUGAAGUUUCUGGUCUCAAGAAAGAGAAUUUACUUCUGAAGGACACCAUGGAACUACUCAGUGCUGAGCUGGGGUCACAGAAGCAAGAAGCUGCACAGCUUCAGGACAGGGAGAAACAGCACAGAAGGCUACUGAUAGAAGACCUCAAAGUCAAGCAUAAAAAAGAACUCGACGUACUGAAGCAAGAUCACCGGAAGGAAAUCGAAAACAUGUUAUCUGAUUUCAGCAGCACUCGGGCACAUCUCCAAGCAAAGAUUUUCUCCUUAGAGACUGAACUUAAAGAAUUAGAAGAAAAGCCCAGAAAGGGGGAGUCCAGACCUGAAGAUAUACACCUCAUAAGCCGCCUGCAAGAUAAAAUAAGUGAGAGAGAAGAGAUCAUCAAGCAGCUGGUGGAAGGAAGAAAAUUUCAGCCUUCCCUUUUGGCCAGCACUGAAUCAUACAGGAAUCGAUCCUUUUCUUUCAACCCUAAUCUGGCAGGUUUGACUUCUUCCAUGAAGCAGAAGAAAAUAGAUGAGGUGCCCAGCCGUGUCGUCAGUGUUCCGAAUUUAGCUUCCUACGCAAAAAGCUUCUUGAGCUGUGACCUGAGAUCAAAAAGAAAGGCUCCUCAAAUACCGAAAUCUACAAGCUUAGACCAGAGUCCUGGCUGCCUCAGAAUGGGCUAUCUAUCAGCACAGUCCUCAGACGGCAGUGCUCCAACAAGGACACAUGACAACGAAGCAUUGCAAAGCAAAGAUGACCAAAAACGAAACCCUAAGCAUCAAGAAUGGUUUACUAAAUACUUUUCCUUCUAAAACAAACUGUUUUUAUACUACUCAGAAUUACUAGAAAAGAUGUUUCCAUUUUCUCUUGGGAAAUGACAGUCCAAUAAGUAUAUGAUUUAGAAAAAAAUAAAAAUAUUUCUGUAAAUUGCAAGUACAUUAUUAGGAACAACUGCACCCUCUUACAUCUAGUUACCAUGGAAUUACAGGCAUGGAUUUUGGAAAAAUGCAUUUUUUUUAACAUCAUCUACAAAAAAUGAAGGAAGUGCACAAUUGUAGAUAUUUUUAUGUGAAGAAACUUUAUAAUCAAGAGAACAUACUACUUCACAGUUACAUUAAAUAUGCAAUUUGUUAUCUGAUACCUCCUGCCUAUCAGUUCAGCUUUAGCUGAAGAAACACCUUACUUCUGCAGGUGAUUUCUGUCAGUUUAUACAUUUGUUUCAUCAGCUCUUUAAAAUCAUUUCAGCUUAUAUUAAUAAGUUUAUAGGUUUGAAUAAGUUGUUAAACUUACUUAUCUUAUGCUGUGCAGCAUUGUGGUAUACCUCCAAGAGCAGCAUGUUUAUAGCAGGCUGCUUUAGAAAUAGUUUCUAUUGCACUUCAACACGUGUAAAAAUCAUUCUGAUAAAUCAGGAUAAUAUGUUAGUAGAAACAUUAAAACUUGCUUGUAAAUCACCCAUUUGUAUGUUUUGCAAAAUAGUGCUGUUUUGCUGAAGUCUGAGUCAGACUGAUACUUUCAGAGUUCCAGAUUCAUGGAAACUGCAUAUCUGCACAUUUAAUCUCAAUUCUGUUCUUACGCUCACCUAUAUACAAAGUGCAUACAGGACUAAAUUUAUCAUAUCAUGUUUGCCAACUCGUUGCUGGGGAGGGAUGGUGCUAUUCUAAAAUAAGACAACCAUCAAUAAAUUAGCUUAGGCAAUUCGUCAACAAACGUGUUGUCAAGAGACAAGUGGUGUUCCGUAACAGAAACAGAUUCCGUAGACUGAAAAAGCGCUGAUGACCCAACAUCCACACUUAGUAUUCUUGGACGGGAGGGGGAAGGAGAAAAUUAUAUUUUGCACCAACUCUACGUUAGCUUGACAUCAACAGAACACCACUAAUGGGGAGUAUAUAACAUAACCUCCAGGGUGCAUCUUGCAGUUUCACUUCAUCCAAAAGGAAUCAAGUUUUCAUAGCCCAAGACCCAUUCAUGACAUAAGUGAAAGCUCAGGGGAGACAGCUGAUUCACUUGAAAAAAGCACACUCUUGAUCUGAACUAAAUACAGACAAAUAGAAGGGUGCCUCUACAGUGGUAUUUAAUUAGAAUUUGAGUCCAAAAACAUUUAAAUCUUCCAGAUGGUAAUCUUUGCAAGUAUUUUCAUCAUACUAAGCCAGUUAGGGGAAAGCUAGGGUCACCCUUUCAGGAAGGAAGAGGAUGCGUUCUGGAAAACUUUAUACUAGAAAACAUAAGAACUCUGCGUACUUUCCAUUUAAAUAUAAAAAUCAACCCAUAUUUUUGCAAAAGGAUAAUUUAUUUGGCUCAAUUCUCUGUCUUAACUCUCUAUAUUUGUAGUACGAAUCACAUUAUACAAAAAUCAGAUAAAGUAGAAAGAGCAACACCACUUUGCACUGCUCAGAAUAUUAUUAA